UUGAUGCUGGAAGCAGUGGUGUCUUUGGUGAGAGUCCCCGAAAGUACCCCAGAAACCGAACAGAGAGACUUAUGAAUGAAUUAUGAAACAAUGAUUCUUGCCGCUGCUCCCUGCUAAGCCCAGCAGCCCCGGCCAGAUCCAAAGCCAUUUUCUUUUCUUCUCCAAUCUCCAAAUGAGAGGAGCCAUUGGAAGAAAGCUUCCUAACUCCUUCACCCCCUCCUCCUCCUCCUCCUCCUCCUCCCGACACUCCCUCAUUCCCUUCUCCACCUCCUCCCCCUUCGGCGGCGGCGGCGGCGGCGGCGGAGGGAGAGGCCGUGGCCGCGGGAGUGGCGCCGACGGCGGCCCGUCGCCUUUCGACUCCGCUCCCGGCAGGCCCGCUUCUGGCGAGACGCCCGAGGCCGCGGAGCCCCCGCCGCCCCAGCCCCAGCCGCCUUCCUCUGGGCUCGGCCGCGGCCGGGGCAAGCCGCUCCCUUCGUCUCCGAUCCUCCCCUCGUUCAACGCCUUCGUGUCGUCCAUCGGCCGCGGCAGAGUCCCGUCGGCCUCGCCGCCCCCGCCGCCACCGGAUUCGACCCGUCCCGGGAAGCCCAUCUUCUUCCGGAAGGAAGACGGUCCUCCCCAGUGGGACCCCCCAAAACCUAGGUCGCCUUCUGAGUUUGCUGAGGCGGCGGGCGGCGGAAGUGGUGCCAGCGAUCUCCCUUCCAGUAUAAGGUCGGUUCUGCAGGGUGCCGGCCGCGGGAAGCCUGUGCCGAAGCCGGGCCCUCAAUCCCCACCAGUGCAGGAAGAGAACCGGCACAUCCGCGCACGGCCGCCCUCGCCCCCGUCCCCAAGGAUGGGUCGGGAGGAGGCCGAGAGGAGGGCUUCAGGCAGAGGAGACGGCGGUGGUCGCAGUGGAGGCAGAGGCGGCCGAGGCAGAGGGAGAGGGUUCCGGGGCGGCCGAGGCAGGGGCAGCUUCGGUGGAAGGGGAUUUUUCAGGGACCGAGCAGAGAGAGGGCAGUUCCAGAAGGACUCCGACUCGGGCCACGGAGCUGGGCUUUAUCUCGGGGACAAUGCGGAUGGAGAGAAGCUGGCCAAUAGAAUCGGCGCUGAGAACAUGAACAAGCUGGUUGAGGCGUUCGAGGAAAUGAGCGAGAGAGUGCUGCCUUCCCCAGCUCAUGACAUCUAUUUGGAUGCUUUCCAUACCAAUUUGUUGAUUGAGUGUGAGCCAGAAUACUUGAUGGAAGAAUUCGGUACAAACCCGGAUAUUGAUGAGAAGCCGCCUAUUCCUCUUAGAGAUGCUCUUGAGAAGAUGAAGCCAUUCUUGAUGUUAUACGAGGGAAUUCGGAGUCAAGAAGAGUGGGAGGAAGUUAUGAAGGAAUUAAUGGACCGAGUCCCAUUGAUGAAGGAGAUCGUUGAUUACUACAGUGGACCUGACAGGGUAACUGCCAAGAAACAGCAAGAAGAGUUAGAAAGAGUGGCCAAAACUCUUCCUCAGAGCGCUCCUGAUUCUGUGAAACGGUUUACUGAUCGUGCUGUUCGCUCUCUCCAGAGUAAUCCUGGGUGGGGAUUCGACAAGAAAUGCCAAUUCAUGGAUAAGCUCGUGUGGGAGGCUUCUCAGCAGUACAAGUGACUCAAGAACACCGAGGCUUCUUCACUGCACUUGAUUUCAGUCACUAAGUUGCAUCAGUGCGAGUUCUUAGUCAAAGGAUGGUUGACACAUUAGCUCCAAAGUCAGGCUAAAAGCUCUAUUUCAGGAUCCACAUAAUGAGGAUUUCUUUCGGAGUUGAAUUCUUUUUCUCUCCUAGGUGGCAUCAUCUCCUUCACAUACUCUUUAAUGUUGGAUUUCUUAUAUGGGUUAACUUUAUUACACUUAUUUUAAGUUGAGACCAAGGUUUAGAAUAAUAGCUGCAGUGUGGCCUCGGACAGGCAUGAGGCACGGUGACUCUUCUUCUUUCCCUUCCGAUUUAUUUUGUUUGGGUAGCGUUGUAUUACUUUCCUCAUUUUGGAACACUAUAAAAUGAUUACAACUGCUACUUUUGACAGCUUGUACUUCUCCGAAUUAGUCCACCUCCCCUUUGGCUCUAGGAUGCCAUCUUUGCAUGAA